GCGGCGUCGGCGUCGUCCAACCUGACCUCAAUACCCAACUAAUUCGAUACCCACGACGCUCGUCGUCGAACACUUCCUACCACUGCUAGGAGUAGCCCCCGAUCGCAACCUCAGCGGGCGUAAAAUAAUACCCACCAAAAAAGCCAUCCACCGCAUACUUCUUCACCUCCACAUUCACCCAUCAUGGACAGCUCAUCACGAGGCCCACCGAGGGUCAAGAACAAGGCCGCGGCGCCCAUCCAAAUCAGCGCCGAGCAGCUGCUCCGCGAGGCCGUCGACCGCACAGAUGAGAAGCUCAAGGCGCCUACGCAGCGGUUCGCGGACCUGGAAGAGCUGCACGAGUACCAGGGCCGCAAGCGCAAGGAGUUUGAAGAUUAUGUGCGGAGGAACAGGAUAAAUAUGAACAAUUGGACACGAUACGCACAGUUCGAACUCGACCAGAAGGAGUACCGGCGCGCGCGAUCGAUCUUCGAGAGGGCCCUGGAUGUCGACUCCACGUCGGUGGUGCUCUGGAUCCGGUACAUCGAGGCGGAGAUCAAGACGCGGAACAUCAACCAUGCGCGGAACCUGCUCGACAGAGCGGUCACGCUGCUGCCCAGGGUGGACAAACUGUGGUACAAGUAUGUCUUCAUGGAGGAGACGCUGUCGAACGUGGAGGGAGCGAGGUCCGUAUUCGAGCGGUGGAUGCAGUGGGAGCCGUCGGAGGAUGCGUGGUCUGCGUACAUCAAGAUGGAGAAGAGGCACGGGGAGUUCGAGCGGGCGAGGGCCAUCUUCGAGCGCUUCACGGUGGUGCACCCGGAGCCCAAGAACUGGAUCAAAUGGGCCAAAUUCGAAGAGGAGAACGGCACGAGCGACCUUGUCCGUGACGUCUUCGGUACCGCGGUCGAGACGCUGGGCGACGACUUCAUGGACGAGAAGCUCUUCAUGGCGUACGCCAAAUUCGAAGCCCGGCUCAAGGAGGUCGAGCGCGCGCGAGCCAUCUACAAAUUCGCCCUGGACCGCAUGCCGCGCGCCAAAUCCGCCAACCUCCACAAAGCCUUCACAACCUUCGAGAAGCAAUACGGCGACCGGGACGGCAUCGAAGACGUCAUCCUAUCCAAGCGCCGCGUGCACUACGAAGAGCAAGUCAAAGAGAACUCCAAAAACUACGACGCCUGGAUCGACUUCGCGCGCCUCGAAGAGACAUCCGGCAACACGGACCGCGUGCGCGACGUCUACGAGCGCGCGAUCGCGCAGAUCCCACCCACGCAGGAGAAGCGCCACUGGCGCCGCUACAUCUACCUCUGGCUCUUCUACGCCGUGUACGAGGAGACGGUGUCGCGGGACGUCGAGCGCACCCGCCAGAUCUACACCGAAUGCAUCAAGCUGCUCCCGCACAAGCGCUUCACCUUCGCGAAGCUCUGGCUCAUGGCCGCGCACUUCGAAGUCCGACAGGGGCGGCUCACGGCCGCGCGGAAGCUCCUCGGACAAUCCAUCGGCAUGUGCCCGAAAGACAAGCUGUUCAAAGGCUACAUCGACCUCGAGAAGAAGCUCUUCGAGUUCACACGCUGCCGCACGCUCUACACAAAGUACCUCGAGUGGAACCCGAGCACCUCGCAGUCGUGGAUCGCGUUCGCGGAGCUCGAGCGCGGCCUCGACGACCUGCCCCGCGCCCGCGCCAUCUACGAACUCGCCGUCGACGAGCCCCAGCUCGACAUGCCGGAGCUCGUAUGGAAGUCCUUCAUCGACUUCGAAGAGGAGGAGGGCGAGUACGAGAGGACGCGCGCGCUGUACGCACGCCUGCUCGACAAGACGGAUCACGUCAAGGUCUGGAUUAGCUGGGCGCAGUUCGAGAUCGGCGCCCCGGAUGCGAAUCCCACCGAAGAGGCUGUCGACGACGAGGAGGACAGGCCGGUCAGCGAGGAGGCGAAGGCGAGGGCGCGUGCUAUCUUCGAGCGCGCGCACAAGGUGAUGAAGGACAAGGACCUCAAGGAGGAGCGUGUCGCGCUGCUGAGCGCGUGGAAGUCGUUCGAGACGACGCAUGGCAGCGCGGAGGACAUCGAGAAGAUCGACAAGCAGAUGCCCAGGAAGGUCAAGAAGAGGAGGAAGCUCGACGACGACAGCUUCGAGGAGUACAUGGAGUACGUGUUCCCCGCCGACGACGCGAGCGCUGCCAACCUCGCGAAGUUCAUGGCGAAUGCGUACCAGUGGAAGGCUGCGCAGGACCAGAAUGGGGAUUCGUGAACUAUGGCUCUGGUUUGAUGUCUAUUCGUUUUUGGCUCUGCGCGUCGCUGUGCUCUGCCCUGUACUGCACUCCUUAGUUUUUUUUCACGGAUGGCAAAGGCAGGAGGGGGAGCAAAACAAUUCUUUCGUACAUCGGUUGAGAUGUAGUUGGGAAGCACAGGAUGGAACAAAAUUCCCAAUUGUACAGUAUUACCAUUUGGUGCGGUGCUCAAUCGUUCACUGAAUCUACCAAUGUUCCUACUAUUGAGCAAAAAAAUCAACUAUAGUGUAACAUACCCAUGUUUCGC